AUGUAUGACUACGGAAGCGUUUUGCCUGGACUCUACGUUGGAAAUUACAGAGAUUCCAAGGACGCUACACAGCUUCAAAAAUACGGUAUAACCCACAUUCUAGCAAUACACGACACUGCAAGAAGAAUACAUUCGGAUAAACACUACCUAUGUGUUAGCGCAUCUGACACUCCUGAUCAAAACUUAACUCAGUACUUCUCCCUCUGCAACGAUUUUAUCCAUGCUGCCAGGCUUCGCGAUGGAAACGUUCUGAUUCACUGUUUGGCCGGAAUGUCUAGAAGCGUAACAGUAGCAGUGGCUUACAUAAUGAGUGUUACCACUUUGAACUGGAAGGAAGCUCUCAAAGUUGUCCGAGCUGGAAGAUCCGUUGCUAACCCGAAUUUGGGAUUUCAAAAGCAAUUAGAAGAAUUUGAAUGUACUCGAUUGUUAGAGGAAAGAAGGCGUCUAAAGGAACGCUACCCGAGUCUUGCCUUAAUCUACAAGGAUCAGGAACAGUGCGCUCUUAUGCUCAAUAACUACGAGGAACUGUUGCAGUCUCGAACAAUUUGUGAAGGAAGAUGUGCCUUAGGUGAACAGUGCCCCACGGGGGUGUGCAGAUCGGGAAGUACACAGAAGCGCACGAGGAGAAGAAACAGUAGGUCGCAAUCCGAAAUGAGGAGGAGUCCGAGCACAACCAGCACAAAUAGCACCUCAAGCACAAGCAGCAGCAGGCCUCGAUCUGGUCCGGCAGGACUUCGUAGCUAUACAGGAUCUGCUCCACCUUCGAGGUCAAGUUCACGCGUAGACUUGUCAUCUAUGGGAAGUUCAGGAACUCUAACAGCGCCAUCCACCCCUCAAGGAAGCCCUCCAAUUUCGCCGAAACGUCGAGGUACUGUCUACGAAAAGUCCGUACCUCUCGCACUGAAAGAAGACGAUUUCGAAUCAUAGCCUCCAUUUUGGUUUUUGAUGUUUAGAAUUUAAAAAAAUAGCCGUUCCAGUAUACAAGCGCAAUCAAAAUUUGAACCUAAGUUGAGUGUGAAAAUGUGAUGCACGAGCGGUAAGUUUUCAUCUUUGAUUUGGUGUAAUAUGGAGAGCAUAUUGAAGGAUCUUGAGGAUAAUUUGGGGAAAAAACUGUAUCAAAUUAUCACCUUGUACCAGAUACUGUGAGUAUUGAUUGAAAAAUACCGUCUUUUUGGAAGAGUUGAAACCAGACUUGCUCUUGGAAUGUUUAUGAUAGACGCUAUCAAAAGUUAGGACACUAUAUAGGCUCAAAUUUCAAUAGAUGUUCACUAAAAUCAUAAAACCAUAAGAUUUUUGAACCAAGAAACUCAGACGCUUCAAGAACACAGCAUUUAUAUUUUUCUCCUAAUUCUCUGUUGUUGAAAGACAAAUGAAAAAUUACCUCAAUUUUUGGGAAUGCACUAUAUGAUUUUCCGAAGUUUCUUGUCAAAAUUAUGCCACUGCUGAACAUGUGACUAAAAGUGGUUUGUCUCCGUGAAAUUAUAUUCUAAACAGGUACUUGGUACCUUUAGCUAGCUAAUUAACAGGCUGGCUUUUCAUAAUUGAAGCAGGUAGCUGAAGUAUUUAAGAUACUAAAUAGUGGUAUAGUGAAUUAUGUUACCUUCUUGAAAUUAACAGAAUUCAUUUUGAAGAAACCCAAAUAACGCUGGCUUACGAGAGAAACGCCUACUACUGAAGACCUGUUUGGAACCUUUGGUGUAGUAAUGAAGAUUACUGGAGUUUUUAUCGAAACACGUGUGGAGGUGUUGAAAUAACGGUUUGGUGUUGGGAAAAAACUCCAGUAAUAUUCAUUACUGAAGAAGUAAUGACAAACUGAAUGAAACAACUACAUACAGUAAAAUAUAUUCUUAUACUGUCUGUCCAUGAAAAGAGGGCCCGCAUGGAACAAUUAAAAACCUUGCUUCAAUAAAUGGAAAAUUCCCAUUACUUCCGAAAAAUAAUAAAAAGAAACAAAUGUGAUUGAACUCGACCAAAUUAAAAAUAAACCAAGACAGACUUCAUCCAGAGUCCUUAGAUUUAUCGGAAGCAACCAAAAUCUUAAAGAAAAAGAACAUAUUGCUUUGGAUAUCAUCCUUUUCGAAUUAAAAAGAAAUUAUGACAAAUUAUUAUAAAAAAGCAUAUGAAUUUGUUCGAUUUUUUUGUAGAGCAUUCUCAUAAUUACUCUAUGAACAUCCCUCGUAUAACCAGUUUUUUUGCAUGCUCAGCAGUAACCCCUGAGAAAGAGAAACGUUGGGGAUACAAUACAAUGAAAUCUUACUUAAUUAUCAAUGUUUUUUGAAUUUUUUGUUUCUGACCUCCAAAUCUGAAAAAAUGAAGAGUUGAUAAAUAAGGCUUGGGGAGAUUGCGCAUGUUCAAAUUUGACUUUGUUGAAACUUUUUAUAAGCAAUUCAAAAUAUUCGAUAAGAAAUUAAGACU